AUGUCUUCAGAUGUUACUAAUUCGAUCGACCAUGGAUCAAAUGGAUUGCUCAUAGCUGUAAAAGUGUUCGCCGUAGUUGUGAUUAUUGUUGGUACGGUUGUCAUCUACAAUUGCUUGAACAGAGCAUGUAAUGAAAUAUCAGCACACGCCCCACAAGUACCACAAGUAGAAGCAGUACUCACUGUGGAGAAGUUUCUAGAUAAUAUGGCAAACGAAAAACCCACCAGAUUUUCACCUUCACAGUUGUAUUAUUUUACUAAAAAUUACUCCACAAUAUUGGGUUCUGGUGGAUUCGGUGUAGUCUACAGAGGACAACUCCCAAAUGGAGUUCCAUUGGCCAUUAAAGUCCUUAAUGGGAAUUUAGGCAAGCAAGCUGAGGAGCAGUUCAUGGCAGACAUAAGCACAAUUGGAAGAACAUAUCAUGUGAAUUUGGUCAGACUCUAUGGAUUUUGCUUCGAUCACAUGAUGCAAGCACUUGUGUAUGAGUACAUGGAGAAUGGAUCCCUUGUAUCAGACCAUAUCUCUCACAUACGAUCAUAA